CGAGAAAAUUUCGGGUCCCGCACCGCAAAAGCUCCGCUCGACGUCGCCUUGGGGUGUCCGACAUCCGCGCUACAGCGACCCGGUCCACUGCCAGGAACCCUGCGAAUUCAGUGGGUGUUGCCCCGUUCGCGCCGAGCCCCGAAUCUUGAACUAUUCGCAAUUCGAGAUCUCUCUUUCUCCGUCUUCCGGCAGCCACACCGACCGACCCGAUUGACGACUGCACGACGACCGACCUGUCCGGCCACCACAGGACCUCCACUCCACGCCUCUCUACACAAGUACCUCCCUUCCUGCGACUGCGCUUCUCCCCGACCAAGGGACAGCGCGCCAGGACUUACACAACUCGAGGCCAUACCAGGGACUAGUUCCUCCACCAAAACACCACAGACACAAUGGCCGGCGCCCACGUCAAGUACAGGCACUUGAGCCGUAGCUCAGCGCAUCGCCAGGCUCUGCUGCGCAACCUUGUCACUUCGCUCAUCAAGAACGAGACCAUCCAUACCACCUACCCCAAGGCCAAGGAGGCCCAGCGCCUGGCCGAGAAGCUCAUCACCCUCUCCAAGCGCGACACCGAAACAGCACGGCGCAGUGCCCAGGGUAUUCUCUACACCCCCGACCAGCUCCUCCCCAAACUCUUCGGCGAGAUCCGCGAGCGCUACGCCAACCGGCCAGGAGGCUACACGCGCGUCCUGCGCACCGAGCCCAAGGACCAGUACUCGCAAGCGCCCUCUGCCAUCCUCGAGCUUGUCGAUGGGCCCAAGGACAUGCGCUUCGCCAUGACGGCGGCCACGGUGGCGCGCGACCGCGAGCAAAAGACGGAGAGCACGGACCUGACCAAGAAGAACAUGGACAAGGUCACGCGCUUCCGCAAGGAUGGCAUGCGCGCGUUCGAGGACAUGGUCGCUAGCCUCAGGGAUAUGAAGUUCACCGCGGGCGCGAUAAAUCCCAAGGAGUGGAAGAAGCUUGAUCGUUAAGCGGUUGGGGCAGAGUGGUGUUGUGGUGCAGCGGGGUUGCGGGAGAAAAUGAGAGAGGAUGGAGGGUUUGGUUUCCCCCCUGAAAGAGAGAGGCAGGCAGGUGUGCGUGAAUAGCUGGGAAAAGGCUUCAUCACCUGCCGUCUUCGAAGCCAUGGGAAAGGAAAGGGGUUUGUUAUCUCCCUCUCUUUGUGGUUUGGGGUAGACGCUAUAUAUGUGAAGGCUUUUAAAUAGUCAGCCUACACACUAACCAGACCACUCUGCUGUCGGUUCAGUAGGGAAAAAGGGGGGAAAACCAAAGUGUACAAAUAUCACGAGACAAGAAGCAAAAGAGAGUGUAAAUAUACAAGGUUUGGGAUACACUUUGGCUUCACAUAAAAUGGGACUUGGGAGACUGGCAAACCAUAUGCCCCGUUACAUGGAUUGGUGACUUUCAG